AAGGUUUAAGACAAGAACUAUGAGCAAACAUAAAAUCUUAAUUUGGUGAUUUCAAUUAAGGAACAAGGACCCAAGAAGCGAUAUGUGAAGUUAAAGCAUAGCGUGGGACAUUGAGCAUCUCUAUUUAAGGCCUUAACUCUUAGCCAACUGGUCUAUUUCUCUCUCUUGUCUCUCAGUCUCUCAGUCUCUACCGAUUCUGUCUUGUCCAAAGAUGAGUUAUUUGGGGGUCGGAAUCACUCCCGGAAAUGUCGCCGUCUACCACGGAGGCAAGAUGAAGCUGAUUGAUCGGAGACUGAGGUUAACGGAGCUGCUCUUACGCUGCUCCGUCACUGUCUUCACUCUCCUCGCGCUUAUUCUGGUUGUUACAGACACACAAGUCAAGCAUAUCUUCACAAUUGAGAGGAGGGCCAAGUACACUGACAUGAAGGCGCUUGUGUUCUUGGUGGUCGCCAAUGGGAUAGCUGCGGUUUAUUCUUUGUUACAUUCAGUUCGUUGCUUAGUGGGUUCGAUGAAAGGAAGCGUUUUGUUCAGCAAGCCCCUUGCUUGGGCCAUUUUCUCCGGCGAUCAGGCAAUGGCGUACAUGUGCGUGGCUGCAAUAGCAGCAGCAGCAGAGUCUGGUUUGAUUGGAAGGGAAGGUGAGGAGAAGCUGCAAUGGAUGAAGUUGUGCAAUAUGUAUGGCAAAUUCUGCGACUGGAUGAGUGUAGGAGUCGCCAUCGCCUUGCUUGCAUCCAUUGCUAUGGUUUUCGUCUCCUGCAUUUCUGCUUUUAGUCUCUUCCGCUUGUACGGUGGUGCUACACAGAGACCACCAAGCCUCGCCGUGGUGAAGUGAAAAACGCUUUCGUUGUCUCUUAGUAGUGUUGAAAUGUUGUCAUUAAACCAAAAAAAGUGUAGGCCUUUUGGUUUUGUUUCGUAAAUCUUCUUCUUCUUCACCUUCCUUGUUUAAUAUGAUGAUGGUCUUUGUGACAAAUUAUAUGUAGAACUGGACCUAGUGUUCUUUGUAACAAUGUGCCAUUUGCUAUGAUCAAAU